AAUCUUUGACACUGAACAGAAAGUAAUCUUCGACACUGCCAUUGCUUAACCUACGGGAGAGAGCACUAAAAUGGCUGACAAUCAGGAACUGUUCUGUUGCUCCGUCUGUCUGGAUCUACUGAAGGAUCCGGUGACUACUGCCUGUGGACACAGUUACUGUACGGGCUGUAUUAAAGAAAGCUGGGAUCAGGAUCGUCUGAAAGGUGUCUACAGCUGUCCACAGUGCAGACAGACCUUUACCCCAAGACCUGUACUGAAGAGAAACAUCGUGCUGGCUGAAGUGGUGGAGAAACUGAAGAAGACAGGACUCCAGGCUGCUCCCCCUCCUGCUCUGUGCUAUGCUGGACCUGGAGAUGUAGCGUGUGAUUUCUGCACUGGGGCCAGAAAGCAGAAAGCCCUCAUGUCCUGUCUGGUGUGUCUGGCCUCUUACUGUGAGACUCACAUCCAACCUCACUAUGAAUUUCCUGCUUUCAAGAAGCACAAGCUGGUCAAAGCCACCGCACAACUACAGGAGAAGAUCUGCUCUCAUCAUGACAAACUGCUGGAGGUUUACUGUCGUACCGAUAAGCAGUGUAUCUGUCUGCUGUGUACAAUGGAUGAACAUAAAGGCCAUGAUACAGUGUCAGCUGCAGCAGAGAGGACAGAGAAACAGAGGCAGCUGGGGAUGAGCCAGCAGAAGGUCCAGCAGAGAUUCCAGGAGAGAGAGAAGGAGCUGAAAGAGCUCCAACAGGCUGUGGAGUCUCUCAAGCACUCUGCACAGGCAGCAGUGGAGGACAGUGAUAAUAUAUUUACUGAGCUGAUCUGCUCCAUUGAGAGAAGGCGCUCUGAGGUAAAGAAGCUGAUCAGAGCCCAAGAGAAGGCUCAAGUGAGUCAAGCUGAAGGACUCCUGGAGCAACUGAAGCAGGAGAUCGCUGAGCUGAGGAAGAGAAGCACUGAGCUGGAGCAGCUCUCACACACAGAGGAUCACAUCCAUUUCCUCCAGAGUUAUCAGUCUCUCUCCAGUAUCAGUGUAUCUUCAGACUUACCCAGCAUCGUUGUCCAUCCUCUUCAGUACUUUGGAGAUGUGAGUAAGACUGUGUCUGAACUGAGAGAGAAACUAGAAGACUUCCUUAAAGGAGAAUGGAACAAGAUCUCCACUACAGUGAAUAUAGUGGAUGUUGUACUGCCUCCAGAGCCCAAGACCAGAGAACAGUUGUUACAAUAUUCCUGUCAGCUCACACUGGACCCAAAAACAGUAUACACACGCCUCUCUCUGUCUGAAGGGAACAGAAAGGUGACCUAUACAGGCCAACCCCAACCAUAUCCUGAUCAUCCAGACAGAUUCACCAACCAUUGUCAGGUUCUGUGUAGAGAGGGUCUGUCUGGACGCUGUUACUGGGAGGUGGAGUGGAGUGGGGAUGUUGAUACAGCAGUCUCCUAUAAAGAUGUCAGCAGAACAGAGAGAGAUGGUGGAUUUGGAGACAAUAAAAACUCCUGGAGUUUAGAGUGCUCUAGUGGUGGUUAUUGUUUCAUACACAAUAAUGUUGUGACUAAAGUAUCAGGCCCUCAGUCCUCCAGAGUAGGAGUGUACCUGGAUCACAAGGCAGGUACUCUGUCCUUCUACAGUGUCUCUGACACAAUGACCCUCCUCCACAGAGUCCAGACCACAUUCACUCAGUCCCUCUAUCCUGGGUUUUAUCUCUAUAGUUAUAAUGAUACUGCUGAGCUGGUUAAACUGUAGUAGGGUCCACAUAGAUACUAGUCAUGCUGGUGGUGAUGGUCCCCAGAUAUAGCCCCGGAUGUGAUGAUUCAUUCUGCUCUGAUCUUCAGAAGAUGUUAUGUAUUCAUAUUUCAUAAAUUGCAUUGUUCAUUUCCAUUAAUCAUAAUGUAUGGUGUUGAUGUAUAUUGUUGGUCAUUCAGAACCAUUAUUUUUUCUCAAUUGGGUUUGAUAACAAGUUCAAACAGCUGCCAUUAAUACAGGUAACGAGUGGAGGACAGAGGAGCCUCUUAAAGAAUAAGUUACAGGUUUGUGAGAGCCAGAAAUCUUGCCUUUUUGUAGGUGACCAAAUACUUAUUUUCCACCAUAAUUUGCAAAUAAA